CUGUAGACCGCUACAUCUCUCUUACCGCCUAGCAGAAAAAAUCUUGAACUCUAACCCGUCAUGGCAGCGCCUUUUGAGAUCCCGCUCAUCGACUUGCAGUCGUCAACACCCGCCGAUCUGCUACAUGCUAUGAGCACUUGUGGUUUCAUCCAUCUCUCUCUGAAUGGCACUCCUUUGACGAUGGACGACGUUCGCCACACCUUUGCGCUCUCCAAGAAACUCUUCGACGAAUUGCCCCUAUCCGCUCGUGCAUCGUGCCCGCAGGAUGCCGACUAUAAUGGUCAUGUCCCACUUGGAAAGUCGAAGCUUGCUGCUGAGCAUGGUCAGAAACUGGCAGACCAUAAGGAGGGCUUUGGCUUCGGACGGUUCGAUCCACCGAGGACUCGCUCGGGACAACCCCUUCCCACUGGGUUUGAGGUCCAUCGCGAGGACCUCGAGUCGUUCAAAGACAAAUGCUACCAGACCAUGCUUCUGCUUCUCGACGCCCUCUCCACCGCUUUCGACCUCCCCUCCAACUUCUUCCGUUCUUGCCACACCAACCCUGGAGCAAGCGGUCUCUCCCUCCUCAAUUACCCACUUCCACCUGCCGGCCUAGCUUCUCUCUCAGAGGCCGACAUCCGCGCAGGUGCUCACAAAGACUGGGGGAGUGUUACAUUACUCUUUCAAGAAGAAGGCGGUCAGUCUGGUCUUGAGGUCUUCAAGCCUUCGUCGACCGUGAAGCAAGACGGUGUAGCGUUGAUGUCCCAAGUGGAUCUGGAAGCUGGUACAUGGCACCCAGCUCCCAUCAUCCCCAACACAGUCCUCAUCAACCUAGGGCUUAUGAUGGAAGCCUGGACCGCAGGAAAAUGCAUCGCUACCCUCCACCGUGUUGUCUUCCCAAAAUCCCUCGUCGCUCAACCGAUAACUCGACCACGCAAAUCCAUAGCCUACUUCGGAACACCAGAUCCAGCCACCAUACUCAGACCCGUGCGUGCAGGUGGUCUGGUUGAAGAGAAGGAGGGAGCCCCGAGUGUGAAGGAGUUCUUCGACGAGAGGAUGAGGUUGGGCUAUCCAGAGCCUAAGCCCGUCAGUGCGGCCGCUUAGUGGCGAUAAGAUGUUACAUGGGUCUGAUGGGUCUACUAUUUUGUUGUCUCUGUUUUGGGAAUCGGCCUAUUUCUGUCAAGCUGUCUUCGAUAGUGAUGCAUCAAUAGAA